AUGACUCGAAACUUGUUCAUUAGAAAACAAUGGAGUCCGCCAAACUUGCAUCCCUCUUACGAGCCUGCAGCAUCACUUCCAAGUCUCUCAGAACCGCCAAGCUCAUCCACCAAAAGAUACUCACCCAAGGCCUCCUAAACAACACCCACACCCACACCCUCCUCCUCUCCAAAACCCUCGUAGAAUGCUACCUCUCUUUCCACUUGUACCCUUGCGCAAAGCUCGUCUUCCAAUCCAUCCAAAACCCUUGCACCAUUUCCCUGUGGAACUCCCUCCUCACCGCCUACACCAAGAACCACAUGUACGCCGACGCCCUCGAGCUCUACGGGAGGCUACUCCGCUACCCUCAUCUGGGUCCCGACACUUACACCUACCCAAGUGUUCUCAAGGCCUGCGGUGCGUUGGGUGCACUCCGUAUCGGGAGGAUGAUCCAUAACCAUCUCCUCAAGGCGGGUUUCGUAUCCGAUGUCGUCGUCGCGAGCUCUCUUGUGCCCAUGUACGCGAAAUGCAGUGCGUUUGGUUGUGCGGUCCAGGUGUUCGAUGAAAUGCCUGAGAGAGAUGUGGCGUGUUGGAAUGCUGUUAUUUCGUGUUAUUAUCAAGACGGGCAGGCUGGGAAGGCCAUGGAGAUGUAUGACAAGAUGAGGGGUUCCGGGUUUGAGCCCAAUGUAGUAACGAUCACUACUGUUGUUUCUUCAUGCGCCAGGCUCUUGGAUUUGGAGAGAGGUAGGCACAUUCAUGAGGAGUUGAUACGAAAUCGAGUCGUUUUGGAUUCCUUUGUUACUUGUGCUCUGGUGGACAUGUAUGGGAAAUGUGGCUGUUUGGAUAUGGCCAAAGAGGUUUUUGAACAAGUCCCGAGAAAGAAUGUCAUUGCUUGGAAUUCCAUGAUGGCAGCCUAUAGUGUAACAGGUGACAGUAAAUCUUGUAUUGUUCUUUUAAGAAGGAUGAUUGAUGAUGGAACUAGUCCCUCUUUGAUUACUUUUAGCAGCAUUUUGUUGGCUUGUUCAAGAUCGGUCCAACUUCAACAUGGAAAAUUCAUCCAUGCAUAUAUGAUAAGAAACUGUGUAGAGGCUGAUAUUUAUAUUUACAGUUUCCUUGCCGAUCUCUACUUUGUGUGUGGAAGUACUUGGUCUGCUGAAAAAGUAUUUGGAAAGAUGCCCAAGGCGAAUGUGGUUUCGUGGAAUGUUAUGAUUUCUGGAUAUGUGAAAGUAGGCAAUUAUUUUGAGGCUCUAGGUAUAUUUGAAGAGAUGAAAGAAGCUGGUGUAAGGCCAAACGCAAUCACAGUAACUAGUAUCUUAUCGGCUUGUUCACAGCUGACAGCACUGGAAAAGGGUAAGGAGAUUCACAGAACUGUUGUUGAUAGUGAAUUGGAAACCAAUGAAAUAGUCAUGGGGUCUCUCCUUGACAUGUAUGCUAAAUGUGGUGCGGUGGAUGAAGCGCGUAGUGUUUUCAAUAAAUUACCUAGUAGAGAUCUUGUGUCAUGGACCUCUAUGAUCACAGCUUAUGGGUCUCAUGGUCAGGCUAAAGAGGCUUUAAAGGUAUUUAAAGAAAUGCAACAAUCGAAUGCAAAACCAGAUGGAGUUACUCUUCUUGCAGUGCUAUCCGCUUGUAGCCAUGCUGGACUAGUCGAUGAAGGUCAUCGAUAUUUCAAUAAAAUGAUCAGUAUAUAUGGAAUUGAACCGAGAAUAGAACAUUACUCUUGCUUAAUAGAUCUUCUUGGGCGUGCUGGCAGGUUGAACGAAGCUUACCAAAUCAUCCAAAGAACUCCACAAACUAUGGAGGAUGUUGACUUGUUAAGUACACUACUGUCUGCAUGUCUUUUGCACAGAGAUCAAGAUUUGGGUCUAAACAUUGCAAAAUUGCUAAUUGAGAAGAACCCUGAUGAUCCUUCAACAUAUAUUAUGCUAUCACAUAGUCUUGCUUCUGGAAACAAGUGGAAUGAGAUGGGGAAGGUGAGACUAAAGAUGAAAGAAAUGGGAUUAAGAAAAAAUCCUGGGUGUAGCUGGAUUGAGAUUAACAAGAAGAUACAGUCUUUUUUUGUUCAAGACAAAUCCCACCCAGAAUCUGAAAUUAUAUAUCAGUGCCUCAAACUUCUUAAGACUCACAUGGAUGGAGAUGUGGUAAUUUCGCAUUAAGGAUCUGAAAUAAUUCAUUCUAUAUAGAAUUAUUUACUUAAAUUUGAGCUCCGGGUAGGAUUUGGAGAUGACAAUUGGUAAAGAAAGUUGAUGGUUAUGAGAUUGUGCAUAUUGGGAUGUCUCAAAUGGAUAGGAUGGCUUCUGAUGUUAGCAUGACCGCCUGAUGGAAAAAUACAUCAAAGUAGGCCAUUACUACUUUGCAGAAAGGAACUUACUUUCUCAUCUACAGACAUGUUCUCCCCUUCCACCUGUCUACUUAGUGGAGGAAGAACACCUUAAACAAGCCUAGAAUCAUGUCUGAAUCACACACUGUAAGUGUUUCUAAGAGUAGUGAGUACACACACCAUCCAUAUAUCUGUACCAUUGGUGUCACUGUAGUAUGAAGUUGUUAUGUUGUGAGUACACAAAGAAUUGCAUAUCAUUGCUACUAUGUCAUUGCUCUUGCUCAUUAAGUUUGUUUAUUAAGCUUCUUACUAUGAUUAUUUACCUAUUUAAAUAUUCUGAAUCUAGUGAUAAUGCAACACUGGCUCUUUCGUUAUAACUACCAUUAGAUGUAGGCCUCAUCAUUUAGCAUGCGGAUCCGAAAAGCCCGCGGAGGCCCAGGUGUCAUUGCAGCCUUCUAAAAUUGAGAGGAGUGCUCUCCCAACCUCCGAUUGUUGUGGAGGCUCGGAUCGAGGCGAUUGCGAUAACUUUUGUUUUGCUGUUGGGGAUGGAGGACCUCGUUGAUCUCCCAAGAGGAACAGGAAUCAGACUGUACUAGAAGGAUUGGCCACCGUCCACCAGGGAGAACGGAGAUGGUGGCUGGGAAGAGGAUGAACUCCCUUUCGACUGAGACCAGAUUCGGGAUUCUAGGGUCUGAAAUACCAAUGCCAUAGGACAGUUCGAAUUUCAGCGGAGUUCGGCGGCGUACAUCAGCUACGUGCUGGAGAUAGUAUUGUCUAAAGGAGUUUGGGCACUAAAGGCAGAGCCAGCGAGCUUAGCCGGGUAGAGCAAAGGAAGAAAGCCGGAGCGAAAGGGUUUGAUUUUUGUUUUUGGAUCUGAAUUUGUACUCAUACUUGCAUGGGCUUGAACUCUGAUCAGUGAGUCUUGAACGGGAGUUCUGUUCUGUCUUUGAGUAGCUUGCAAUAGGCAAUAGAAAGAGGUAGGACACUACGACUUCUUUGCCUGAGCAAUAGUGUUAAGUUUGUUCACAUACUUGAUUUUGAAUUAUUUGUCCGUACACCAAUUGAGGU